UUAUUAUUGAACACUGCUCCCUUGUUGAGCUAAAGCGGUUGACAACAGCUACUAACCUUACUGACCGUUGGCGCAACGUUUUGUUACAUGUUUAAAAAAUGACAGUAAGAGUGUUUCUGUGGCGGACGUGACUCAACCAUAUAUUACACCGUUGUUAAUCUCAUCCACAUGUCCCUCCGUGUUUUCUCAGUUUCUCUCUGAUGUGCACGGGAGGGAGUGUCUGUCCGUGGGCGGUUACAAACGGUGCGUGAUUCACAAACCUUAUUUGUUCCCAGUUCCCACUACUCUGAGCGCCAUCUUGUUUGUAACUCCUCUACGCAAGUGGUAUAGUUUCUGCUGAGGGGGUAUCCGAUUACCCUCUUUUUUUUCCAGCGUUAGCCUGGGAAACCUCUCCCUGUAGUGCUCGGGCGCUUAUUUGCAUUUGCUUUAUCGCCUUUCUAUUGGCAAAUUAAGCCACAGCCUUUUCAAAUUGACAGAAAUGAGCAUCGAAACACUUCUGGAAGCGGCCAAGUUUUUGGAAUUGCAAGCCCAGCAACAACAGAAAGCACGUGAGGAUGAACUGAAGGAAAAGCAGCGUCUGGAGCAGGUGGCAGAGCAGAGGCACUCUGAUGUAAACUAUAACUCAACAAUCCACAUCAACAAUGUUUCAAAAGCAGAGGAGCGCCACACUGAGUGCCGUCCGGCGCCCAUACAACCCUCUCUGCCUCCCCCCUCCAUGCCCAUCACCGUCAUCCCCAUCCCCGUGGUCACUCCCAACCCGACAGGCUCACCCACCCUGCCUGUCACCACGCUCUCCUCUCCAGCUGCGGCUCUGCCCGCCGCCGCUUUACCACGCUCUCCACAACCCACACCCGACCACCCGACCUCUGUGUUGAGCACCAACCACAAGCAGCUGAUACAGAACCACCAUAACCACCCACAGCUUAUCGCCCAAACUAAUGAUGCUAAACUACAGCAGCUGGUUCAGCGCUACCCCGGUUCUAUCGUCUCACCCCCACAGCAACACGUCUUACUCCCCCAGUCGGGCCCCGUGCUCCAGCAGACUCCUCUACAAAAUGGCCCCAUCAGCCGGGGUAGUCCCCCUGAUGACGGCCGCCACCUAGACAGCAAGAAGAGGCCUGGAGGGGCAGGCACAAGAGAGGUGCAUAACAAGCUUGAGAAAAACAGACGAGCACACUUGAAGGAGUGCUUUGAGACGCUGAAGAAGAACAUCCCCAACAUAGACGAGAAGAAGACCUCCAAUCUGAGUGUGCUAAGAAGUGCGCUAAGAUACAUUCAGACGCUGAAGCGGAAAGAGAAGGAGUAUGAGCAUGACAUGGAGCGACUGGCCCGAGAGAAGAUUGCCACGCAGCAGCGAUUAUCAGAGCUAAAGAACGAGCUGAGCCAGUGGAUGGAUGUGAUCGAGAUCGACCGAGUCCUCCGGCAGACGGUACAGCCAGAGGAGGACCAGGCAUCCACCUCCACUGCUUCAGAAGGUGAAGACAUUAUGGAUGAUGACCUAGAAGAUGAGACUGCGGCGCGAGCACAGACUGCCUUACCCACCGUGCCUCACACCAUGAAACCUGAGCUGCACAAGACUACAACACCCACCCAGACCCCAACCCUGGCACCCACCACCACCACUAACUCCUUCAUCACCCAGCACAUCUCCAUCCAGCACAAAGCCACCCUGCACCAGCCUCAGCUCCAGCCGCUGCCAGUGACUCUUUCACUGCCAGUGUCCAAGCCUGCAGCCCCACCUACACUCACCGCUACAUCCAGCACUCCCAUCACCCCCAGUCAGCCCCUGAUCCCCACCCAGACACAGAUGGUGACCAUGCCCAACCUACACCCCACAGUUAUUGCCCACGCUUCAGUGUCCCAUCCCUCGGUCAUCCAAGCAGUCAACCAUGUCAUCCAGGGUCCCAAACACAUUGCCCACCUGGCUCCCGCCACCACCACCAGCUCUGUCCAGUUAGCCCCUGGCCACCAACCCAUCGGCCACAUCACUGUGCACCCAGUGGCUCACCUGAGCCAGCAUCUACCCACCCUGUAUCCCCAGCAGGUGGCUGUCACGCAGCCAGCCAUGGUCGGUCACAUCACCCACACCCUAAACCACGCCCACCCUCAGGUGAACGGCACUGUUCCUAGCCAACCAGCUGCCACCAUCGUUGGCAAGCAGACAGCAGUGAGCACCCAAAUGGUGACCCACCACCCGCAGCUAGUGGGUCAGACAGUGCUCAACCCUGUGACAAUGGUGACUAUGCCCUCCUUCCCCAUCAGCACUCUGAAGCUGGCCUGAACACCUCCAUACAGGACCACCAGGCUGGAAGACGGUGACAUCCCUCAAUGGGGGCAAACCAUAGGCCACAGACCAGGCAACAGAACAGGCCACCGACGAGCCCCACACAAUGAGGGAGGAGAGCUGCUGGACGACUCGCUGAUCCACAGUCUCACUAUCAUUCAGAAGCAUUACAGCUGAUAUAAAGCCAGGAACAUUUCCAAGACAAAAUUUUAAAAAACUUUCAAUACUCCACUGCCACAGUGUCCUGAAAUCUUAGAUCCUGGAUUUAGGAUAUGCCAGGUCUACAUGUGGUUCAUCAUGUUGAGUGUGUGUGGUACAGUGGGCAGAUGUUUCGCCGGUCAUCCAUUGUUGCAGGUAAUGGAGCAGUAGUCAUUUUUACAUGAGCUUUACGGAAAACAGCUUCAUAUAGGGAAAUGUUACAUUGCCAGUAACAUAACAGCACCCGGUUACAGUGUUCACGUCUGACUCACUAUGACAGCUGGGGAUAAACCAUUAGCAGAUAUGUACUCAAGAGGCUGCAUUGGGUUUUGAGGGUUGUGACAGUGUAGGAUGGGAGUGCUGGACCCGCCAUAACCAGCAGCACAUUGGGAAUGUGAUUUAGAGGAGCUCCUCCUCUCCAGCAGAGGCACAUGCUGCAGGGCUGGAGCAAAAUCAUGGACUGAACUCAAGCUCCUGAACUGUAGAUGCAGUCCUCAGUGAUGGUGCUUACACCAAUAGCUCCCUCCACUGGCUGAUUGUGUUCAAUGUGAUAAAGGACACUUUUUUUUUCAAUUCACUUGUUCAGCAGCUCAGGAGUCAAAAGUAUAGGAAAGGAGUGAUUGAAAAUCCCUGUGACAAUUAAAAAAUCUUCCAGAUAAAUAUAAUUCUGGUGGAUGUCAUUCAAACUACGGCCACUUAAGGUAAAAUAAUACACCGUUUUGUCAGGGUUUGGUUUUUCAUACUGGAGGACACUUAUAGUUUCCAACCUCUGGUAUUUGUCCUUCAAACAUAUGGGCGACAAGUGCAAAUGAGUGUUUUAGGAUCAAGGGGGGGGUUGUCACAGCUGUUAAUAUAUUUUAAAACAGUUUUGCCAAAUAGAAUUGAUUUGUCCCGUUAAAUGUAAAUGCCACAUACAGCGGUGUGUUGUUAAAUACUAAACGCCUGCGAUACAAACUCAUGUCAGUCAGAUGCUACAGGAGGGAGUUGUAGAAUGUGAAUACAUAAAGUCCAUAAAAUAAAGCGUGUUUCUAUGCUGUUUUGCAGGGCAAAUGGUAGUAGGAUGUGUUUGCAUGCUUUGAAUGCAUUUCAUGACUGUAAUUUUAGAGAUUAUGUUGAAAGCGAGGACUGUCUUCAGCAAGUUGCAGUAGGCAUUUAAGAUUUAUUGGCACAGAGUUAAAGCUCUGUCAUUCAUAAGUUUGGGUUGGGAUUGCUAUAAAGUGAUUUCAGCCGCUGACGUAUGUGUUGUUUUUUCCCCCAAGACUAACUUUUUCCAAAGCUAGCACUGUGAAAUUUAGUCUCAGUGAGCAGCAAACGUGCAGCUUAGCAUAGCACCUGCUAGAACAGCAACGUGUCAUGCUCUCCUAAUUUAAUCUGAAUGUACUGACCUGUGAAAGGACGUGGAGUAGUGCACUCAUCAGAAGAUAAGCCCUUUCUUUUUUUAAAAAGAAAAAUGCAAUUACUUUAUUAAAGUACCUUGUGUAUGUAAAGUGUAACAUUUAAAAUUGGAUUUUGUAUUUUAAGAUUUCACUUGGAGAAUAUCUUCUUCUGUUCAGUGUAAAUUUGAUAAUAUAGUUGUUUUUUUCUGGGACCAUGUACAGUGCUGUAUAUCAGGGGGUGACAACUACAUAGACCUCCAACGUUGAUAUCGCAUUCGGCCACUUUGGAAAGUAUUCACCCCUUCGUUUGUUGUAUUUUGUUAUGAUGCAAUAUGAUUAGAGCAGGGACUUCAGGUUUUAUUGUCACAGAUGAAGCCCCCUUUUCACCUUCAGAUUUUAUGCAAGUGAUCCUGAACAAAUGCAUUUUGAAAUCAUAUUGUAGCAAAACAAAAUGUGUAAAAAUCAACAGGGUUUCAGAUACUUGAGAAGCAACGAUAUACUUGUGUAUUUUCCCUAUGGAGAAAGUUUAAGUUGUAUAUAGCCUGUAAAUGUUGGGCUGCAUUUAGAUCUAACUGUAUUAUGUAAAAAGCUGGGGAAAAUAUGUACAAUUAAACAUUUAUAAAAAAGAUACUUAAUAAAUUGUAUUAUGUUUACAAAUGUC